AUGGAAGAUUUAAGUUAAAAAUAAAUGCUUGAGGAAUAGUUUGCAUCUUAAUAAAGAAAUUUGUCAUAUAUGAUGUAGGAUAUGGCUAAUGAUUUUUAUUAGGAAAACUAUGCACCAAAUCUUAAUAUAAAUAUAAAUAAUCAGAGUUAUACAUAGAUUAAAAUUCAAGAUGAAUAAGAAGAGUAAAAUGAUAAGAGAUCUCCAGAAAUAUAGAGAAGAAAUUCUUAUUUGAAUGAAGAUGCUUUUAAUUUAAACAAAAAAAUAGAAUCCCCUAGAUUAGAGUACGAUUAAGAAGAAGAUGAUGGUGAUGAGAAUGUUGAAGAAAGCGAUGAUGAACCAUUUAUAGAACAAAAAAUUAAAAUGUAUAAAAAAAAAACUAGAACUCGAAAAAGGUCAUAUGAUAUGGAUGAUGAUAACUCUUAAGAUGAAUCCUACUUUUCGAUUUCAAGAGAAGCAUAAUAUAAAAGUAAGAAUUUCUUAAAAACAAGAGAUAUGAAUGAUAUAAAAAAUGAUUCUUUAAAGACUUCUUUUCAUAUAAAUGAAAAAUCCUUUAAAUGGAGCACAUAAAUUAACCAUCCUACAGUGACAUAAAGAAAAGGAAAUGUCUCAAAGAAUUAUAAAAUGGAUGUUAAUAAAUUACAAAAUAAAGAAAAAACAGAGAAAAUGUUCUUCAAUAAAGCAAAAGAGACAGACUCAAAUAUUCUAUUUCAUAGAAGCAUUUAAUAAAGCUUAAAUGAAAAUUAAAAUAUUUUUAAAAAUAUUUCUAAAUACUCAAAUGCCCUAACAAUGUUUUUGCAGAAAUUUAUGAUUCAAAAAAAAGAAAAUAUGAAUAAAAUUGAAUUCUAUCAUUAUGAAAAGCUUGAUAAGGGUAGUUUCGGAUAAGUAGAUUUGUAUUUUUUUGAGAUAGAUCAAUAUGAUUUAUGCAAUUUCUAGAGUAAAUAUGAAAACUAACAAAGCAAUUAUUUUAUAAAUAGAGAAAAUAAUAACUAAUAUAAUUAAAAUUCUUAUAUCUUCUCUUCAUAAAAUUCUAGUCAAUCGAAUCAAUCAUAAUCUACUAAUCAAGAUACUCUUUAGUAAAAUAAUAUUAAUAAUAGUUAAACAUCCUAAGGAUCUACUUAUUAGGGCUCUACUUAACUAUAUAGUACAAGUAAGAAGCAAAUAAUUGGAAAUAAUAAUAUUUCUUCUCAUUUAGUGGAUCAAAAAAAUUAAAACUUAAAUUACUAGGUAAAUAUUUAGCUUAAUUCAAAAAAUUAUCUGCCAGCUGCUGGAAAAAAAAUCAAAAUUAAAUAUGAAUUCAUUCGUGAGCUCUUUAUUAUGUAGAAAGUAUAAAGUGAAUAUAUGCCUUCUCUUUUGGGUUAGGAUAUUGAGUAACAGAUUUUGUUUAUAGAGCUUGGGCUUUGCAGUUUAUAUGAUUUAAAAAUGUACAGCGAAAAACAAAACUAUAAAAUAAGUGACAAUCUUGCAUAUUCGAUACUUAUAAAUCUGUUUUAGGCAAUCGAGAGUCUUUUAUAAAACUUUGAUCAAUAGGAAAAUAAAAUUCUUCCCCUUUUCCAUAGUGAUAUAAAACCUUAAAAUAUAAUCUUGACAGUUAAAAACUCUAAAGAAAAUAUCCCAUAAAUUCAACUCUUAUUAAUCGAUUUCGGAGGAGCCUCUUUCUAAGCUGAAGAUUAUUGGUCCUACUUUACUCCAGCUUUUGUAUGUCCAAAACUUUGGGAAAAGUUGGUCAAUAGUAAAUCUCAGAAAGAGUUUUUAACAUGGCCAGAAAUAAGAUAUGCUGAAUUAUAUGCCGCAUGUAGGUCUGUUUAAUUUUUAAUCUUAAAUCAGAAUGAUUAGAAUUUAUUUAAAAAAGAAAAUAGUUAAGAUUUUAUUUAAUCUUACUAAAAGCUUUACCCAAAAACCUGCAAAAUUUUAGAGGAGGUGUAUCUUAAAAAUACAAACUGCUAAGUUAUGAAAGGAUAUUCUAAUAUUUUAAAUGAAGAUGAAAUUUCUUCUUAAAAUUAGAUAUAUCCUUAACCUAUUUAUUUCGAAACCCAAAAGUUAUUCGAGAUAUCUAAAUUUUACAAUAUAAUAAACAAUAAUAGCUCCAAACAAUGA